UGCAACCACCAUGGGUUCAAUAUCAAGUUUUUAUUAUUUGACCUACCUCUGAUCAUGUCGAUUGUUCACACUUAAGUAAUAUGUGGAAAAGGUUUGUUGCUAAUAGUUGGCGAAAUCUCUAAAUAAAAUGUGUUGACUAUUUCUGGGAAAAAGGCCUGAGAUCCGGAACCAAUGAUAUCGGUAGCGUGUUCUUAGAGGGACAUUUUUACCAUGGCACUGUUGUUAACAUUUGUCCAGUCGUACAUGUCGAAGCUGUCUGCUGAAUAAAUACAAUUUACAGAAUGACAGAUGGUCCAGAAACGCCGCCUAACUAUGAGGAGCAGUUUGCUCACCGGUUUUCUCUCGAGGACCGGGAGUACCAGCAGUACGUGAGUCGCCCCGCCAACCCCCCGCCACUGGUAGAGGACUGGGGGGGGCGUGGAGGCGGAAACAACCGGGGCAGAGACAACAGAUCCCAGGACCGUGGCGGGUACAGGGGUUGGGGUGGGGACAGGGACCGCGGAGGGGACAGGGACCGCGGAGGGGACAGGGACCGCGGAGGGGACAGGGACCGCGGGGGGGACAGGGACCGCGGGGGGGACAGGGACCGCGGGGGGGACAGGGACCGCGGGGGAGACAGGGACCGCGGAGGGGACAGGGACCGCGGAAGGGACAGGGACCGCGGAGGGGACAGGCGUUACGGCCAGGGUGGUGGUGGGCAUCAGUCUGGAAGAUACAACUCCUACAACCAGAGACCAUCACAUUACGACCGCUACUGAACUCCUCUUACUGUGGAGUGACCCCGUUCACCACACCCCAGGGCUCUCCAAAACUGUUCCUGGAGAGAGAUCCUCCUGUAGCUUUAAACUCCAACCCUGUUCCUGGAGAGAGACCCUCCUGUAGGUUUAAACUCCAACCCUGUUCCUGGAGAGAGAACCUCCUGUAGGUUUUAACUCCAACCCUGUUCCUGGAGAGCUACCAUCCUGUAGGUUUUAAGAGCUACAGGAGGGUAGCUCUCCAGGAACAGGGUUGGAGUUUAAAGCUACAGGAGGGUAGCUCUCCAGGAACAGGGUUGGAGAACCCUGCAUUACACACACAGACCUGACUGACACACACUGUAGCAGGUCAAUCUGAUCUCUCACCUCUCUUCCAGAUUGAAUAUUGUAUUGAUCAGUGAUGUCAUGCUCUAAUCCACACGGAACAGGAUUACAAAAGUGGUAUUGAUUAUUCCAGCCAGUAGUCUGGGCAUAGAGACAAACUAUUUUCUCUAUAGGCCCUUUUCUAAAGUAGUGCACUAUAUGGGGAAUAUGGCCCUGUUCAAAAGUAGUGCACUAUAUAGGGAAUAGGUUUCCAUUUGGGACACAAUCAGCGCAGCAGAGUCAAUAGAGAUGGUUACAACGUGAACUGCAGGACAGGAAAAAUGAGUUAAAGACUGUUCUUCAACUACCUACCGUCAAAUGUAACGUUUAAGAUGCUCAUCUUUGCUACUAGUGUGAUGAACUGCAUUGAUAGGCAUGUGGUGUAUUGUGGGGUGGCGUGGUUCUCUUGUUUUCAUUUAGUUUGUUUCUCUUGACUCAUAAGACAACAUAUUCAGCUGGUCUGGAUGUUGAUACAAUGUUAUUGAUUCAAUCUAAAAAUGUGUAAUUAAUGAAACCACAUUUGAACAGUCAAUGUCAUCUAUUUUCUUAUGUCACAAAUAUGCUUAUUCUUUCCAGUUUAAUAUGUGACUUGAAAUUGUAACCAGUAACACCAUUUUUUUUUUCUUGUCUGAAAAAUACAAAUAUAAAAAUGUU